ACCUACCGAUCUUCCAUGUGCUUAACUUUUACCAUCCUCCAGGUUUGUGAGGGCAUACCGAUCGUCCGCGACACAGACCACUUGUUCUUGGAGCUUCCCUUGCUGAAGGAGCAGCUGGAGAAGUACAUCGACGAGGCCUCGGCGACCGGAUCAUGGAGCCAGAACGCAGUUCGCAUCACGGAUGCCUGGUUGAAGGAAGGGCUGAGGCCUCGCUGCAUCACCAGGGAUCUGAAAUGGGGCGUCCCUGUCCCACACGAGAAGUACAAGGAUAAGGUGUUCUAUGUCUGGUUCGACGCGCCGAUCGGAUAUAUUUCCAUCACGGCCUGCUACACGCCCGAGUGGGAAAAGUGGUGGAAGAACCCAGAGAAUGUCGAAUUGUAUCAGUUUAUGGGCAAAGACAACGUCCCAUUCCACACGGUCAUGUUUCCCUCUGCUCUACUUGGUACUGGUGAAAACUGGACUCUGAUGAAGAAUAUUAGUGUGACUGAAUAUCUCAACUAUGAAUCAGGGAAGUUCUCGAAAACUAAGGGCAUUGGAGUCUUUGGCAAUGACGCCAAAGCCACAAAUAUUCCUGCUGAUGUGUGGCGAUACUACUUGCUUAGUAAUCGUCCUGAGGCAUCAGAUGCAGUAUUCACAUGGGGAGGUUUGCAGAUAAAGCAUAACAACGAGCUGCUAAAGAAUUUGGGCAACUUCAUCUAUCGAGUGCUAAGCUUUAUCGCAAAACCAGAGGGAGCUGGCUACGGCUCCAUCAUACCUGAAGCACCUAAUGCUGAUAUACAUCCAUUGAGUCAGUCGUUAGCAGAAACUGUUGGUAAUUUGAUUCAGCAGUAUAUUGAUGCAAUGGACAAGGUCAAACUAAAACAAGGGCUGAAGAUUGCAAUGGCCAUCUCUAGUGAGGGAAAUGCUUACCUUCAAGAGAGUCAAUUUUGGAAGCUUUACAAACAAGAUCCAGCUAGUUGCACGACUGUGAUGAAAACUUCAGUUGGAGUUGUCUACCUUCUCGCUUGUUUGCUAGAGCCUUUCAUGCCGUCCUUCUCAAAAGAUGUCUUGCAACAGCUGAAUCUCUCUCCGAAUGAGCAUAUUUCUUUCGCCGAUGAGAAGGGGGAGAGUGACAAGGCGAAAAGGCCUUGGGAUCUCAUACCAUCAAACCACAGGAUAGGGGAAAUUGUACCUUUGUUCACAGAGUUGAAAGAUGAUGCAGUGGCUAGCUUCAGGGAAACAUUUGCAGGCAGUCAGGCCGAAAGAAACGCAAGGGCUAAUUAAAGAAGCCAAUGAAGUUGUUGCCUAACUGGAAGCUGCAAAAUAUUUCUUGCAAAGUUGAUCACAAUACUUAAUCAAAUGACAUUGAGAUCCAGAAAUGUGAGUUCGAAGGGUGAAUCACAAUGUAUAUUUUACUGAUUUAGUGAUGAUGCGUUCAGAAAAUGUACAUAAACUGAACUACAUGCUGUAGUACCUGGGAGUUGGAGA